CGCAGUUGUCUACCCGGAAGCCGGGGCGCGGGAAACAAACCCAGGAGUCACCUGUCAGAACGAGAGUUGGAUCAGUUCAGCUGGACACAACGUUUAGUGGGCGAAACAUCUCAUCGCUCAUCCAAGUGACCUCUUCAGUCUCAGCUGACUGCAGUGCCAGUGGAGGAGCUUGACCAUGGUAUCUAAAAGAAAGGCUGGUGACAAGCCCCCUUCCAUCUCUCCAGUUCUGUUUGUGACUGUGGAUGGCGAGCCGAUGCGUUUCUUCCUGCGUCCAGGGCCCACCAAGCAGGAGCUGCAGCCCCACAUCAAGGCCGGGGGAGGCCUUCUGUGCAGGGCCCAGCAGCCAGAGGCUAUCCUACUGGCUGAGGCGGAGGAACUGGGGUCUCACGCCAAGACUACUGCUCACCGGUAUGUGUCGACCCAGUACAUCCGGGACUGUAUAGAGAAGAAUGUUCAGCUGGAUGUGGAGGACUACCGGUUGAGUCCUGAAAACAUUCCCGGUCCAUCUCGCAGACGAAAUACCAGCAUAUAUACCUUAACAGGCCGGUUAAACUACACCCCAGAGGAAGAUGAAGCCAUUUUGAGCUACAUCUCCAUGCUCAAAGAGGACAUCCGGGGAGAUGGUGUGUGGAAGGAGAUGGAGAAGAAGCAUGUAACCCCUCACAGCUGGCAGUCGAUGAAGUGCCGCUACAAAAAGAAGCUAGCCGACAGACAAAUGAAGGACAGAACAGAGGGAGACGAUAAGGAUGUGGAAAACCAAGAGAUAUAUAAUCAGAACAGCUCCCCUGCCAAGAAUGAUCUUUCUCCUGAAGCAUCCUCAUCUGAAACAUCAGUAGCACAGGCUAAUGCAGAACCUACGCUGGCUGAGAAAACUCCGCUAGAAACCUCAGAACCACAAAUGACUGACCCCGCUGUGCUGAACGUCAUGCCGGAAGAUUCUCCGGCAGCUCAGCCUAAAUCCCUCCCGGACACCCCUUCUUCUCAGAACAGGCAGACGAGGAAGAGGAAGGAGGAGAAGGCUUCUUCUCCACAAAAACAGCCUUAUCGUACGUCAGCACGCAGGCAGCUUCUGCAGGAGUCAGACCAGCCCCCGGUAUCAUCCUCAUCCUCUCCCAACCUUCACAAAGACACAUCAUCACCUCAAUUCACAAGGAAAACUAAAUCCACUGGCCAGCGUGCUGGUCAGCCAGACCCAUCAACAGAUCACCCCCCGUCCAAGAGACCCAGAGAGGAAGGUAGGGACAAAGUGACAGAGGACGGGCAAGAAGAGACUGGACAGGCGACAACCUCAGAUGUGAGAGGCGAUGCAGUGAUCCUGAAAGAAGCAGGAAAAAAAGGGAAGAGGAAGAAAAAAAGGAAGUUGGGGAUCCUGGAGAUGGCAGCAAAAGAGUUUGAAGAUGACAGCGAGUCUGAUCACGCUGAUAUGAGUGAAACCACAGACUCACAAAUCGAAGAAGAAACUGCAGCAGAGCAGCCCAGACACGCACAAAGCCCCGUGAUCAGUGUUGCAACCGCCACCACAUUUCCUGCCCCAGAGUCAGGCCCCAGUCAGGGCAGGGGCAGCGGGCCGGAGGACCGGGCCUCCAGGGAGGAUCCUCCCUUACCUGAGACAGAUUGCCCUGUGCCCAGUGAACCUGUCCCAUCCACCUCCAAGGCCCACCUCUUCAUAUUUGAGAAUGAGUCCCAGGAAGACUCCCAGCUAAACGUUUGUGACAGUGAAAUAGCUUCCUCAGUUGACCAGCCAAUCAGAAGCAAGGACACAGAGGUGUCACUGACCCAGGUACAUUUGGAGGAGGACAAGGAGCGAAUCAGAAGUCUGAUGAAACGCGCUAACCAGGACCUGGUGAGUGUGACCAAGGCUCUGUUGAAGACCAGCGGGGAUUUUUCCGCCGCCCUGCAUCUCCUGCUGAAUUCCUCCACCAUCUUGGGACCCUUUUGGAAUCGCCGUGACGACAGUCUCCUGCUGUCAGCUGACUCUGAGACACGCCAGCGGCUGCAGGAGAAAUACGGGGAGGAGAGCCUGGCCAAAAGGCUCAUCUUCCUGGAGGGGGAGUGAUGGGGAGAAGGGUGGUGAUGGAGAAUAUCACAUAGGUCAUGUGUGGAUGUUGUAGAAUGCAGACGUGUUCACACUGAGAUCAUCUGGUCCAAGCUGGGAAUACAUGCUGGGAAUACAAGCUCGCAGUCGAGUAACGUGACCAAGGCUUUUCUCAAACAUUUGAAACCAACUGAGUACAGAAGAAUAUCAGGCUUGUUAGCUGAUAUGUACCAAAGUUGUUGUUUUUUUAAUUUCCAUUGUUAGAUUUUCUGUGUGGCAGCCAUUUUUUUGCUCACACAGAAGAGUCCUGCUUUUACCUACUGUUAAAACAUGCUGAUGCUUACAUAUUUAAUAAAUCAUGUUUCUUCUGCAAAUGAUCUUCCAGUAAGUAAGGAGAAAAAGGAUCAUUUUAACUCCCCAAAUCCUUUAACCUUUUCUCAACAUGGCCGCUCCAGAGUGGUGUCUGACUGUCCGGUUGACUGGAAGUUGUGCAGGUUGAUUAUUUGUCUGUACUGCGUUGUGUGUGUUCUCAUGCAGUUUUAUGAAGUGUGAAUGAUAACGCUUUCAGCAAAGGACAAACUAAUGUCAUCGUAUUUUUAACCUUGUGGAGAAUAAUUCAACCAUUUAAUGCUAAGAUCCCAAGCUUUUAAUUGGACUUGUGUUCCUGAGAUGAGAUUUCUUCAUGUUUUUAAUGUAGGAUGUGUUUUAUUGAACAGCCGCCUGAUGUUGACAUGGGGUUGGAGUCCAGGAUGUGUGUCUUGCUUCUUCCUUCUUGGUUUAAAUAUGGGACCGCUUGUUUGCAAGAACUGCGGAUUCAAAGGGCAAACGUCAGUCUGCUGAGUACGAGUCCCUCAUUGCAAACAUGUAACAGCCCUUUGCUUGUAAUAACCAAAUAAAGUGUA